GGGGUUCCAGUCUCUUACUUCAGCACCGGAGGGGAUGGACAGCGUCUCUGGACUGGGCUGCAGCUACAAGGACCAAACUGAGCUGCUGCUGCUGCCACCGCCUCCGCUGUCCUUGCCGCCACUGUCGUCGCCACGGGCAGCUGAGCACCCUGCUCCUCGCAGCUAAAAGGCGGUGCCUCCUAAUACCCCCCYUGCCUCCCUGUCCCUUUCCUUGAUGGACGAAAAAUAACCCUCCCUACUCCACUGCUACACCUAGGGAGAGGGCUCUGAGGAGUACUCUGGCUCCACAGUUAAACUCUCAGCCACAACUUCAAGAAUAAUUUUUCUAUAGGGGAGGUAGGAGGAAUGCAGGCUGAAGAGUGAAGUUCAAGUUCUUAGAAGCACUGAGAAAUCAUGGGCACUGCAGUAGGGGCUGAAAUACUCAAAGGCCCACAGUUCAUGAAAUAAGCAGGAUGUUCCUGAGUGGAUCGUAACUCUUUUGGAAAUAGCUCUGUGAGAGGAGGCUGGAGAUCUACUCAAAACCUCACGUUAGAGAAACUGAAGACACAUCUAUUUCCACUACUUAGCAGACUGCUCUCCAGAAUGUUGAGAUUGCCAAAGAAGUGACCACAACAAAGGAAAAUAUUGCUCUACCUAUAUUCAAAUCACAUCCUUUGUGGUGCCAUAGCACAUGGAUUUCAGAACUGCCUGUGAGGAGACAAAGACAGGGAUUUGUUUGCUGCAGGAUGGUAAUCAGGAGCCUUUCAAAGUCCGGCUGCACCUAGCCAAAGAUAUUCUGAUCAUCCAGGARCAGGAUGUGAUUUGUGUGUCUGGUGAGCCUUUCUAUUCUGGUGAAAGAACGGUGACCAUCAGAAGACAAACAGUGGGAGGAUUUGGAUUAAGCAUAAAGGGAGGAGCAGAGCAUAACAUUCCAGUUGUCAUUUCAAAAAUCUCCAAGGAGCAAAGAGCUGAACUUUCAGGACUACUCUUUAUUGGGGAUGCAAUUCUACAGAUAAAUGGGAUUAAUGUGAGAAAAUGCAGACAYGAAGAAGUGGUUCAGGUUCUUCGAAAUGCUGGAGAAGAAGUGACUCUAACUGUUUCAUUUUUAAAACGAGCACCCGCCUUCCUUAAACUCCCAUUGAAUGAAGACUGUGCAUGUGCUCCAAGUGACCAGAGCAGUGGUACCUCUUCUCCUCUUUGUGACAGUGGCUUGCAUCUCAACUAUCAUCCGAACAAUACAGACACCCUAUCAUGUUCCUCAUGGCCAACAUCUCCAGGCUUGAGAUGGGAGAAGCGAUGGUGUGACCUCAGACUGAUCCCUCUGCUUCACUCCCGCUUGUCCCAAUAUGUUCCCGGCACAGAUUUGACUCGGCAGAAUGCCUUUCAAGUCAUUGCUGUGGACGGGGUAUGCAGUGGAAUUAUUCAGUGCCUCUCAGCCGAGGAAUCUGUUGACUGGCUACAAGCAAUAGCAACGAAUAUUUCAAAUCUCACAAAGCACAAUAUUAAAAAAAUCAACAGAAACUUUCCUGUAAACCAGCAGAUUGUCUACAUGGGCUGGUGUGAAGUGCGGGAGCAGGACCCACUCCAAGACCGUGUGUACUCCCCAACUUUUCUAGCCCUGAGGGGCUCCUGUCUGUACAAGUUUCCAGCACCACCGGUGACUACCUGGGACUGGACUCGAGCAGAGAAAACAUUCUCAGUUUAUGAGAUUAUGUGCAAGGUUCUCAAGGACAGUGACCUGCUGGACCGUCGGAAACAUUGCUUCACUGUGCAGUCCGAGUCUGGGGAAGACCUCUACUUCUCCGUGGAGUUAGAGUGUGACCUUGCCCAGUGGGAAAGAGCCUUCCAAACGGCCACCUUUCUAGAAGUAGAACGGAUACAGUGCAAGACAUAUGCCUGUGUGCUAGAAAGUCAUCUAAUGGGCCUCACCAUUGACUUUAGCACAGGAUUUAUCUGCUUUGAUGCUGCAACAAAGGCUGUACUUUGGAGGUAUAAAUUUUCUCAGCUUAAAGGUUCUUCAGAUGAUGGCAAGAGCAAAAUCAAAUUUUUGUUUCAGAAUCCAGAUACUAAACAGAUUGAAGCAAAGGAGCUGGAAUUUUCAAAUUUAUUUGCUGUUCUUCACUGCAUUCAUUCAUUCUUUGCUGCCAAAGUAGCUUGUUUGGACCCUCUAUUUUUAGGCAAUCAGGCUACUGCUUCUGCUGCUGCCAGCUCUGCUACUACAAGCAAAGCAAAGUACACAACUUGACAUACUGAUUUCCGAACUGACAGUUACCCCAACUAGAUAAACAGACUAAACAUAUUCAUCAUUUUACUCCCUGGAGAAACCAUGAUAUCACCAAGUCAACAAUGGAAUCAGAUUGAAGUUUCAGCAGAAAAAAAAGAUGGCCAUGACUCAUCUCAAAUGCAUUUCUAUCCUGGAAGGCAUCUGUAAAUAAUCCUAGAUGAAGAAGACAGCCUGUUCUCACUUGGUUGAUGUGUAUCCACAUACUGCUUUCACCAAAUGUGAAGAUCAAGAAAUGAAUGGUAUGAAGAUGUAUGUAAAUAAUAUAAAAAAGUUGUAAGCUACCUAUAAAUAAAAAUAAUAACUAAAUGGUUAUUUCUGUAUUUUAGAUUAUUUUGUAUGACAAAUACAUAUUGGGCCAGAUCAUGAACCCCUGCCCUGUCAUUGUAUUAUGGGUGUAAAGAGGCUAAAAAAUAAAAAUGACAGCAAGGAGCAUGCAAAAAAAUCAUCAAAAGAGAGAAGCACUUUAAUUUGCUAAUGUAAAUUUCUCCUUGUAUUCUUACUCCAUGAUUCUGCACUGGCACUCUGAUUUUCUUUAUCUUGUUGUAAAAUAUCCUCAAGAACUGCAUWAUGAUAAUUACAUUGACCUAUGACAGGCACAAUGUGAAAUUAGCUGUGUCUCCCUCGAAUCAAUGUUAUUGAAAAUGUUUUAUAAAUUUGCCAGUAUCCACCAAAUAUGCCAAAAUGUAUUAAUUUKAUUAUGUAUGAUGGAAACAUUUGUGAAUCUCUUUGUUCGUUCCUUCAUUUUAAACAGAUUUAUAUUUUACCUAAGGAGAUUUAUUAUCAAAUUACAGUUUCAUAAAUUUUCAGUGACCCUAAGAACUUUUGUAGAGAAAAUAAUAUCAACAAAUACGAUGUAAGAGAAAUUCUUUGUAACCCUGACUCUACCAAUCAUGGACUGAAAAAAUCCUUACAAAGAAGUCUCAAAGCUAUUAACUAUGUUAGCUGUACAAGAGUUUUCCAUUGGAGUAAUAUUUUAUGAGAACAUAAGGUGAGAUUUGACAAUUAAAUUUAAAAUU